AUGCCAUUAAAUUUGUUGUCCCUUUUGUUGUUGAAGCCUUCCUUGGCGCAUAUUCGUGACCAACAACACUUUCCAACAUGGCACAGCCUGAGUAGCAAUAAUGAAAAUAUAAGAUUGACCAAUAGGGUGGAAGGACCCAACAAUCUUGGACACUCUCAAAAUUCUCGGGAUCCUAAGUAUGAGUAUGGGGCAACAAAUUAUAUCAACAUACUUCUCCAGCUUGAUCGUAUUCCUACAAUUUACAACCUUUUAGCAAGUAUAAUGACAUGGAUUCUUCUGGCUGGUUAUUUGAUACUACCUUUAACCUUCACUUCACUGCAGAACUCGACUGCAGUAGCCGAGAAAACUGGUAAAGCUGGUACUGUUGUGUUAAGAGCAUAUUGGAAUCUGCCAUUAUUAUGGGUGGCUGCAAUAUUUUGUGUAAUAGGUGCUUCUGAUAUGACAUGGCUCUGGUGGAUGUGGAAAUGGAACUAUAUUUAGUUGAUAAACCGGAUCAUAUUGAACCUACUGAAAACUAGUGGAAGGCCUGGCUUCAUAAAUUUGAUUACGGGGUUGGGUACAACUGUGAUAAACAUUUACACAGCGAGAGGAGGGGUUUGGUCAGUUACGGCGAUCGUGACCACAGCUGUGACAGGAACUUGCACGGUUUUCAUAGUAAUAAUGUUGGCACUAUACCAUUUCAAGCUCUUGGGGAAUGUCAAGAAAGACCAUGAGAGACGGAUGGAAAGAAUCCAGAGAGCUGAUAGAAGCCUAAGUUGGUCAGAUUACUAG